AUGAGAGGUAAUUCCUAUAUUCCUCUACCGGUAAAAUUACAGAAUUCUGCUAAGGGGCUAAUUAAUCUUCAAAAUAAGGAUAUUGAAUGCUUUCGCUGGUGUCAUAUACCAUAUUUGAAUCCGCAAGAAAAGGAUCCCCAGCGGAUCAAAAAGAUUGACAGAAAAAUGGUCCAGGAAUUAAAUUACCAAGGAGUGGAAUUCCCUGUCGCUGCUAAACAUUAUGGUAAAAUAGAAGAGCAAAAUAGCAUUAAUAUUAAUGUGUUUGGUUAUGAGAAUGAGCAAUUUUAUCCAAUUCAUGUCUCAAAGCAUAAAAACGAGAAAGUAUUGAACCUGCUGUUGAUUACACAGGGUGAGAAGCAACAUUAUGUUUUUAUUAAGGAUUUUAAUAAGAUGAUGUACAAUAAGACUAAACACCAACACCGUAAACAUUUUUGUAUGUUUUGUCUCCAGUGUUUUAGCACUGAUGAGAUACUAGCAAAACAUAAGAGCAAUUGCAUGAUAAUAAAUGGGGAACAGGCAAUAAGGAUGCCCGAGGAGGGUAGUACGGUCCAAUUUCAGAACUAUCAUAAGCAGAUGCCAGCACCUUUUGUAAUUUAUGCAGAUUUCGAGGCAAUUACACAGAAAGUAUCUGGAUGUCAACCAGAUGGUGUUAAAUCUUAUACCGAUAAGUACCAAAAGCACACUGGCUGUAGUUAUGGUUAUAAAGUAGUCUGUUGUUAUGAUGACAAAUAUUCAAAACCAGUGAAAAUUUAUCGAGGGGAGAAAUCUGUUAGCUACUUCAUAUUGGAUAUGCUCUCGGAAGUAGAAUAUUGCCAAAAAAUGAUUGCUACUGAGUUCCAAAAACCACUCCAGAUGACGGACGAGGAGGAAGAAUUAUUCAAGGUUGCCGAGGAAUGUCAUAUUUGUGGGAAGAAAUAUUUAGAUAAUGAAGUAAGAUUCAGAGAUCAUUGUCAUAUCACUGGACAGUAUAGGGGAUCAGCACACCAGGACUUUAAUUUAAAGCUAAAGCUUGACCCAAGUAAAUUUAAGGUGCCAGUCAUUUUUCAUAAUCUGCGUGGGUAUGAUUCCCAUUUUAUAAUGCAAGAAAUUGGAUCAAUCGGAAAAGGUAAUAAUUUGAGCAUUAAUUGUAUCCCGAAUAAUAUGGAAAAGUAUAUGGCUUUCAUGCUGGGUAGACACUUAGUAUUUCUGGAUAGUUUUCAGUUUAUGGCCAGCAGUUUGGAGAGAUUAGCCGCUAAUUUACCAACCAAUGCGUUUAAGUAUACCAGUCAGGUGUUCCAAGAUGAGAAAUUAGGACUGAUGAAACAGAAAGGAGUGUAUCCUUAUGAUUACAUGGACAGUUUUCAGAAGUUUGGUGACCAGCAACUACCACCAAAAGAGCAAUUUUAUGGUAUUCUUACAGAUGAGGGUAUUUCUGAUGAGCAAUAUCAAUAUGCCCAAAAAGUCUGGAAUACUUUUAAUAUGAGGACAAUGGGUGAGUAUCAUGAUCUGUAUUUGAAGUCUGAUAUUCUCGUAUUAGCUGAUGUUUUUGAGAAUUUCCGUAAGACCUGCCAUCAGUAUUAUAAACUAGAUCCUUGCCACUAUUUCACAUCCCCCGGCUUGAGUUGGGAUGCUAUGUUGAAAAUGACCGGUAUAAAAUUGGAGCUCAUGACGGAUGUUGAUAUGUUCCAAUUCAUAGAAAAGGGAUUGCGUGGUGAUAUUUCUUAUAUUGCUAACCGACACGGGGAAGCUAAUAAUAAAUAUAUGAGCGGGUAUAAUUUAGAGAAACCAAGUAAGUAUAUUAUGUAUCUAGACGCUAAUAACCUUUAUGGAUGGGCGAUUUCUCAAUAUUUACCAACAGGUGGUUUUAGGUGGAUGACUGAAAAACAAAUAAAAAAAGUUAAUCUCGCUGCUUGUACAGAAGACAGAAAAAUGGGUAUGAUUUUAGAAGUCGAUUUGGAAUAUCCUAAAGAAUUACAUGAGCUGCAUAAUGAUUAUCCUCUAGCCGCGGAGAAAAUGAAAGUUACCAAAGAAAUGCUUUCUCCUUAUUGCAAAAAUAUUCAGGGGCAGUUUGGAAUAAGUAUUGGCCAGGUUGCUAAGCUAAUUCCAAGACUAUCUAGUAAAAAGAAUUAUGUGUUACACUACAGAAAUCUACAACUCUAUUUGUCUCUAGGUCUUGAACUAAAGAAAAUCCACAGGGUAUUAGAAUUUGACCAGUCUCCCUGGCUCGCACAGUACAUUAAUUUU